GAGAGAGAGAGAGAGAGAGAGAGAGUUAGGACAGCCCACAAGGGAAAAGCAGUGCAGAGCUGGAAUGGAGUUGCUUGAAGGAACUCGGGAGGGGAAAUGGUAGCCAGAGUGGAAACAACACAGAGUAGGCAUCAUCUGUAUCCUGAAUGCUUUUCUGCAGCCUGCUAUCAUUUAUUGUCCGUCCUUUAUUUUUUGCUUAUGCCUUGCAGAGAACAGCCCCCAGCCCAUUCAUGUACACAACAGCAGCACAACCACCUCCCCUGACAGGAUCUCCCUGCUGCUUUACACUGGUUUCCUUUGCAUCUUUUGGAAUUUGUUUUUAAUCCUUUUGGCUGUGGAUACUAGAAAAGAUACAAGAAAGGCCAGUAUGUCUGGGAAACACCAGCAUUUCAAAGGGCCUGAAGUGAGUUGCUGCGUGAAGUACGUUUUGUUUGGUUUUAACAUUGUCUUCUGGUUACUUGGCGCAGCCUUCCUUGCUAUAGGUCUUUGGGCGUGGGCUGAAAAGGGUGUGCUCUCAAAUAUCUCCUCUAUCACAGACCUUGGAGGCUUUGACCCAGUGUGGUUGUUUAUCGUUGUAGGAGGGGUUAUGUUCAUUCUUGGGUUUGCUGGUUGCAUUGGAGCCCUUAGGGAGAACACGUUCCUCCUAAAAUUUUUUUCAGUGUUCCUAGGGCUGAUCUUCUUUUUGGAACUGACAGCAGGGAUUCUGGCUUUUGUAUUCAAAGACUGGAUCAAGGAGCAGUUGAAUUUCUUCAUUAACAAUAAUGUUAAAGCAUAUCGAGAUGACAUCGACCUACAAAACUUGAUAGACUUUGCACAGGAAUACUGGUCUUGCUGUGGUGCACAUGGCCCAAAUGACUGGAACCUAAAUAUUUAUUUCAACUGUACAGAGUCAAACCCAAGCCGAGAACGAUGUGGAGUUCCCUUCUCUUGCUGUGUCAAGGAUCCUGCAGAGGAUGUGCUCAACACUCAGUGUGGCUAUGACGUCCGACUAAAAUUGGAAAUGGAACAGCAGAGUUUUAUUUACACAAAAGGCUGUGUGGGGCAGUUUGAGAAGUGGCUACAGGACAACCUUAUCGUCGUGGCUGGCAUUUUUGUUGGCAUUGCACUAUUGCAGAUAUUUGGAAUUUGCCUGGCACAGAACUUGGUCAGUGACAUCAAGGCAGUAAAGGCUAACUGGUGACAAGAGGAAACAGAUGUCCAUAGAAGGAGACCAGUGGAAAAAAACUUUAAUUUGUGACAAAGCAGUAUAACAAGCUAAAGGAGAACUGGUUAUAACAAGCAACCACUGCUGACUUACCCCAUUUUGUUUACGCGUCUGUGUGAUUUGUGAGGUAUUUGACUUCUGGUUGAAAGAUAUUUAAUGAAGACAUGAUUUAGGGGAAAAGUCAAAAGCCUUGUAACCACAACCACUUAUCUCACACUGGAGAUGAAGGGAGAAGAGAGAUGACACUCCCUUCCAGCUACAGAUUUUUUGUUAUGUUUACGGCAGACCAUUUUUUUAUUCCACACUGCUGUACUUGUCUGAAGAAAAAAAAAGAAAUGUGUUCUUUGCCUUCUGGUCAGUGGUUCCAUCUGAGGCACUGUUUAUUUCUUUUGUUAUGAGUCCUCUUCAUAUGGAACCAGUAUGGCCAGUUUAGAUGGUACUUUCUUCACCAGUGGAAAGCCUGGAGCAUUUCUGCAUUGGUGAAAAUUUUAAGUGUUUCUUUUUAAACAUCUUUGUUGUGCUUCAGCAUUUUAUUGAUGAUGACAGGGCAAAGCAUGGCAUUUGAAAGUACACCUGUGGCAAAAGAAACAUUUAGAUUAUAGAAAGUUGUGUUUUUUUCAUGGAUUGGAAAAUGACUGAGAGUAUAUAAGUUUUACACUAGACCAAGAAGUUACUAAAACAGCCAGUUUAGAUUUGUAAUGGACACGUUGAUGCCUGUCAUAUGCUGUUGCCUGGAAGCCUGAAGUUUUUUAACUUGUGUUUUCUUUGUGUAUGUGUAGUGUAGGUGGCUGGCCUUCUCGCACAAAUGCUAGUGAUAAAACCCUACUAUUGAGAAGUGAGCCUCCAUUCUCUUAGACCCAAGAGGCAGAGAUUCAGUGAAGUGGAAAUGAAGCAGUUUUUUUAAAUACCCAUUGAAGUGCACUAUUAAAGUUGUGCUAAUUCUUGUUUCAGUACAAAGUAUUAAACUUCACAGUGUGGCCUUCCUUGAGGGGGAUCUUUUUUAAGAAACUGUGCGAGCUAGUCUUGCUAGAUGAUUGAAACCACACUAGAAUAAUGUGUGUCGAUAAAAGUAUUUAAUAUAGCAUAUUCUUGCUGAUGGAGCUAUUGGAAAUAUGGAUUGAUUUAUCAGUGUUGUCAGACUGCAGAAGUACACAUUCUGCUAUAAACACUUUAGCAGUAAGAUUUGACAGAGGUUCAUGGUAGAGGUAUUCUCAGUACUCCAUUAGAUAUAGUAUGAUAUUGUACUGAAGCAAAGGUGUUACAUGAUUCAGGAAGAGAAGUAUCAUUGAUCCCCGUGUUUGGAUGACAUUUUGUUGCCAUCAUGUUGAAAACUUUUGUUUUCCCACUGAAUAAUGUUGGACCUUAUUUUGUAUCUGUCAUUUCAUAUGCAUGCUAUUAGAAUGUUAUGCACUAGUUUUAACAGAAUCCGGAAGCCCGAUAUAAUUUUCAAAAAUCAGAUACUGACAUCCCACCAUGGUAGCUCAGGUAAAAUUUCUUUAAGACGUAUCAACGUGGUAUUCUUCUGUCAGCAAGUCUCAGUUUUCUGAUUAUUAUCAGAUACAUAUGGGGCAAAUUACCAUAUUACAGUAUCGUGCUAAGAUGUUUAUAUUUGUAUGUUUUUUUUUUUUCGUGAUGAUUACAUAAGCAAACUGAAUUUCUCCACUUUUCUUUAGGGACUUUAAGACACCAAAUAAGGUCAUUCGCUAUGCCUCACCUUAUAACCAGGAGGCUAGCACAACAUUUUUAGCUAAUGAGAAAUGUUUGCCUAAAUGGUAGACUGUUUUUAUAAAAGUAAGUUGAAGUAGGGGUUGUCUGUUUUGAGUUGGUUAUUGCUCAGAGAUCCUAAUGCUAAAGCCCAGAAAUGCUUGAACUGAUUUUGGGCAGUCUGAAACAAUGGAUUUUAAAAGUUAACAAUUUUAUUUUCAGCAAAGCCUUAAAUUUAGUGCAUUAUCAGCAGUUGUUGAACAGAUACCUUAAAGUUUUGAACAUAGGCAGUUCUCAGUGCUUCAGAAUUUGUUGUUUGCAGCUAAAACUUUAUUUACCAGAAUAUUGGGCAGAUUUUAAUGAACAGUAGAACCAAGACUGUAGCUUUUCCUUCCUGCCAUGCCCUGUUCUUUAUCUCUACAAGUGACACAGAUAUCUGCAUACCUCAAAGAAAAUGCACAUUUUAUAGCAUGCUUGCACUUGAAUUUAGUAGUUCUGUUUCUAGGUCAAAAUGAACAUGUAAAGCAUUUAUUUAUUUAUUUAUUGUUAAAUCUUCCGAUUUAUGCAUGGGUACAUCAGAAACUUUUAUUUCUAGUUGAGAUUUUAAAGGGGUUGUAUGCUGAGUUUACCAUGACUGUGAAACUAGUAAGCUCAAGUUGUGUCCUGCUAUGAAGUGAACGCUUUCUCUUCUAUAUACAUCUAAAAUCUCAUGUCACUGUCUGCAAACAACUGUAGGGCCAAAUAUGUUUACAGGAAGGAAAACAGGGCUGCAGUUUUGUGUGCACCAGUUCGUAUUAUGCUGGCCAGCAAAAGCAUUAUUUUCAAAUUGCUAAGCGCAGGUUUUGAAGCACAAGCAGCAGACUUUCAAUCAAAGUUCCAUAGAUGUCUUCAGUAACUAUUGUUACUUCUCUAAAUCCAGCAUUCCACUGAACUAGAAGUGUUGAAUAAUUGUUUUGUUGUACCCCUUUGCAGACAGAAUACAAAUGUUCUUUGUAUUAAUUCUGUAUUUUCCAUUUAAAUUCCCUUCUGCUUUUAUUCUGUUGUCUAGAGACAUUUUACUACUUUUCCCUACCACAACUGACUGCAUGAGGCAUUUAAUGUGAGCAAGUCAGCUUUUUGCAAUAGAUGUGCUGCCGGAAAUGUACUUUUUGUUUAAUUGUUAAACAUUCCAUUUGUAAAAUAUAUACCGGGACUAAGGUUAAUGAGUGGCGAAGGAGCCAAUUUAUUUAUUUUUUCAUAGUUUGUAUAUUUAUUGCUAUACCCCUGUUCCUGGUAUUUUUGAAAUAAUUAUGUUUAUAAGACUAAAAUAGUUAUUAAUGGCUGUGAUGGGUUUUGGUGCUUAUUUAGAUUUCUUUUAUAAGAGCAGUAGUAUAAAAAAAUGUAUUGGUCGGUCAAACUUAAUAUAUGUGCACAAACUUGAAGGCACUGUAUUCAGGCAUCUUUGUGUGUGUGACUACAGUAAUCCUUUCUAAUUUUGCCCAGUAAAUAGCUUGCCAUAAUGCUGGGUCUAAAACAUUUCCAUUGAGUCAGCAUUGAUGUUAGUAUAGCUGUAAAAGCUUCCCUGCUAGUGGUAGAGUGCAGAGUGAAUGGGGAUACCAAUUCAUUGAUCACAAGGGACAAGUUGCAUAUCGUCAUUCAUGGUUUCUCAUAGGCUGUCAUUGCUGGUACUGUUUCUGUGACAGUGCCAACAGUCAUUCAUAGUUUUUUGUAGUUCUUAUCUUUCUCUGCAGUAGUGCAAUCAUGGAUUUAAUAUACAUUACUAAGGGGUGUGGAAGGCUUGCCCUUCCCAAAAAAGCGUGUUUGUUAUGUUUCGCAACUAGAUGAUGCAACAACCAGUUGUCUUUAUUGUGUUGUCAUUUUACUUGGACAUAACUCAACAGAUAAUAAUGUAACCAGUUGAAAAUGUCCUUUUUGUGUUUCUGGACGUUCAUUGUACAGCUCAUGGUGAGCAUAGUAGGGAAUCAAGGCUCUAAUUCAAAACACUGUUUGGUUCACUUUGUUUUGCGGUAUAACAAGGCUGUAAAACUCAGUCCAAGGAAUUUAAUGCUUCUGGUUGAUUUGUGUCAGAAAGCAGAAUCUUUUCUACACUUUUGUCUAUGACAUUACACUUUCACUUUCCACACACUGUUGUGUUUUGUAGACUAGCUGUUCACAUUGGUCUUCAGUAUAUGAAGCUGAAAACAAAUCACACUGAGAAUUUCACAGAUAUUGUUUCCAAGAGACAAGGAGUCCUAAACUGCUACAUAUUCAAAGGCUUGUAGUUCUUUAUUUAUUUAAUUAUUUUUUUAUGUUUAAUUGUCCAUUUUAUUUCAAGUAUUUGAAGUGAAAGACUGAGAAAUAGCUUUGUUUGAAGGUUAUUUGGUGUCAGUGUAACCAAUGUCAUUAGUGUCAUUCAUAUUAGAUAAAAUGUGCAUUUAGUCAUUUCAUUGUCAAACACACCAAAAAAUGUUUAGGUUAAAAAAAGUCAUUUUGCAGUUUAGCUUGGAGUUGUCUUUUUUAAUGAGCUGCUGUGACUUUCCACUAAUUUACAUAACUAAAUAUAGAUUUUGGGAAAUUCAGGGGAUGAAGCCUGUCUAAGAAAACAAAAUAGCAUGCAUCUUUUGUUUAGUUGAAUUGAACUGCUUCUGUAGUUGUGAAUAAUUAUAGUUUCCAUCAUGAUAGUUUGCUUUAUAGAUUCAUAAGUAUACUAGGCUAAUGACCACCUGGACCUUUAUAAGCCUACCAGUGCAACCUAACCCCAUUGUGUGCCAAUGUCAUGGGAAUUUAUUAGGAGGGGGGUAUGUUAGGAAGUUUCUGUAGGUUAUGUUUGUGUGGCGGGAUGUUAGUUUAGGCAUUACUGUCUGCCUCUAUCAGAGAUAUGGAGUGAAUUUCCAAUUCUGGUCAAAGUUACACUUAAAUAGGGUUACAUAUGGACUGUGGUUCAUAUGGAUGGGGAACCUGUUCCAGAGCAUGGGGAUCCUCUGAGACACAGAUCUGUCUUGCCAACAUGACUUAUUUAUGUCAUAAACAAAAUUUAAAACCUUGGAUCUAGUGAUUCUGAUGUUGUUCCUUAUGUGAAUGUGCAAAAGGUCCAUCAGUGCUGGAUCAGAGAAUGCCUUGUAUGCCAGGCAUAGAUUACCUCUUGGUAACCUGUAAAAGACGAAGUAUAGAGUAGGGCCUUAAGGCAAUCCUUACAGGGGAAUGUGUUUAUACCCUGGAUUCUGUUGGUAAGGAGCCUUUGUGGGCAUUCCAACUGGGCAUUAUACUUAAUGAUGUGUUUGAUAAGGGCCAAAUAAAAUGGCAGGAAGACUUUUCUUGGACCUGGGUGCCACGCCCUUUCUUAUAAGUUGUUGAUCAUUUCUAUGGUAACUCAUUCUAUAGCUUUGCAUAUUAGACUAGUCAGACUAAUAGGUCUGUAGAUUCCAGGGUCAGUUGUUGGUCCACCCUUUUAAAUUGGGAUAAUCAUUGCAGUCCUCCAUUCUCAUGUUAUAAAGCCUGUUUUGAGGCUGUAGUUGAAAUUGGGUUAAAUGGUUCUGUUAGCUCAUGUUUCAAGCUGUUUAAGAGGCAUCCUGAGAUAUUGUUAGGGCCCAUUUAGGCUGUGCUCUUGAACUUCAUGAGCUCAACCAGGACCUGCGCCCUGUUAGUAGUUGUGGGGUUAUGCUAGUGUGUAUUUCACGGUUGAGGCAGAGGGGUAGUUGGGAGUCAAGCCUGAGCUGAAUUUGUGAGCCAGCAAAUUUGCUAUAUCAUUGUGCUUGGUGAAGGUGGUAUCAUUGACCACUAUUUUGACACAUUGAGGAUGUGUGCUGCCUUUGAGAUUUCAGACAUAGGUCUUGAAGGCUCUGUGGCUGUCUUUAGCGUUUGAGACUAUCUUGACCUCAUAUUUGGCCUCAUUGAACUUAAAUUAAACAAGAAACUAUGAGGGCUAAUAAAUUAGAGAGCUCCUAUCAUUAUGGGAGCUGCUCUUCCUGGUUUUAGCCAUGACUUUUUUCCUUUUUUUAUAUACCCUUUUAAGGUUAGUAUGUCACCAGUGUGGUUUGUUUUUUUAGUUUGAUUUGGGCUUACGUCUAGUAGAUAUAGCAGCCUCUAUGCAGCCAUUUAUAUGGUUGUACAGUGUCUCUGUGAACAAUUCUAAAUAGGUUGCUGUGAACUCAGGGUUGGAAGGGGCAUUCAGUUUUGACAGACUAUCACAUUAGUAGAACGUAAGUUUGUUUUGGAAUCAUUUCUAACUGUUUAUAGGGUUGGUUACCAAGUUGAUUUUUUAUUUCAGACACAGCUUUUUGGUCUGACUUAACCAGUGAGGACAUGAUAUGGGUGGGGGUAGCACUCUCCCAUACUGGCGAGUAACAGGUCCAGUGUGUUUGAACCUCUCGUGGGUGUGUGCACUAUCUGGUAUUUGUGUUAACACAUUCACUCCAAUGGAGCUCAGGAAGUUUGCACUGUAAC